AAAAUCCAAAACGACACAAUCUACCACCCCCGUAUCUCUCUCUCACACACCUCUCUUCCGCCGACAUCGCAACGGUUCGCCGGAGUACUGCGGCGGUGCCACCAACAUCUGAAAAAUUAACUCCGUUUACUUGCCUGCUUUGCUUUAAGUAACGGCCAAUUCGCCGGAUUUUCUAGUCAGUUUACCGGUGUUUGCUUUGGAUUGAUCAGCAAAAGGUACUGAUCGGUUUGUUACAGAGGAAUUCAAGAUGAUUGGAUCUUUUAUCACCAGAGUGCUUGUGAUGGUUUUUGGUUAUGCUUAUCCAGCUUAUGAAUGCUUCAAAACUGUGGAAAUGAACAAACCUGAUAUUCAGCAACUCCGCUUUUGGUGCCAAUAUUGGAUCUUAGUUGCUAUGUUGACAAUUUGUGAGAGGUUCGGUGAUGCUUUUAUUUCAUGGGUUCCAAUGUACAGUGAAGCUAAGCUGGCAUUCGUCAUUUACUUGUGGUGCCCCAAAACUAAGGGAACUACAUAUGUGUAUGAUGCCUUUUUUAAACCCGUGAUUUUAAGGCAUGAACCUGAGAUUGAUAAAAAUUUGUUGGAGUUGAGGACCAGAGCAGGAGAUAUGUUCUUUUUAUACUGGCAGAAAGCUGCUAGCUAUGGUCAGACGAGGGUUUUCGACAUUUUGCAGUACAUUGCUUCGCAGUCAAAUCCACCUCCCCCCACUCAGCCACAAAGGCAAAGCAGUAGAGGUCGUCAACCCACAGCAUCACUAAAUCGCAGAUCAUCUGCUUCAGCAACACAAGUACAGGCUGAAGAACAAGCACCCCGUGCGUCUUCUGAAUCUUCAAGCGAAGAUGAAGCAGAUUCAGCAGAAGAGGCAGGAUCCUCCAAAGGUCCUCCACCGGCUUCCACUGCAGCUGCAAAUGCACAAAAAACAACUCCCUCCAAAUCACUGGUUUCAACUGUAGCUACGUCUCUGAACACACAAAAAGCAUCUCCAUCCAGAGCCCUUGCUGAAAUCACGAAACCUUCCACGUCUGUUGAAACUCGAGUGGUGCAGAUUGAUUCUGUGCCUUCCUCGGCCACUGAAAGUGUUAACCCUCCUACUGAGACAGUAUUGGAUGAAGCAGUCCGAGUAACACGCGCCAGAUCAAGAAAGACAAGGACCUCAAACAACCCUUGAUUUGUGUCAUCAAAUACUUAACCCCAUACAUCUGGCAUAUCUUAGUUCAUUCAUUACUGUUGUCCAUGAUUUUUUAGCAUGGCUUGAAAAGUAUAAGGGUAGAGUGUGUAGGAUUGCCAGAUGCAAUUACAAUUCAUUAUUAAACAUCCAAAUUAAAGUACGUACGUUUGUGCUCAACGAUUGGAGAGUAGUUCAUUAUUCCUUGUGUUAAGGUGGGAAAAUGAUCAUGAAUCUAUGAAGUUAAGAGUUAUCUUAGAGGAUCACUGUACAUACAUAUAAACAUCUGGUUCUUGAGAUGGCUUUGUUGAUGUACUGUAUGGUAAUUGGAAUGGGACUGGGCUUCU